AUGUUGUGUUUUGGUGACGCUUUCGUGGAUUCUAUUCAGGUUUCUGGGCCAUGGGACCGUAACUUGACGCAGUUGCUCUCGCGUCUUUCCGGCGCUAUGGCGCCAGCAGCGCCGUCACCUCAUGUUGGCGACGUAGCCACAUCGACAGCAGCAUCCCAAAUCAACGGUUCGGGUCCACCUGAGAAGUUUGUGAACUCCACAAAUAUGACUGGCACUACAGAAUCGCUUAGAAACAGUGACUCGAAUCCGAAUUUGUUCGCUUCUGUGGAUGGACUUGAUGACAGCGGACAACAAAAUAUCUACGCUGCUCAGGUUAUUAAUUCACAGGUUUUGCCCGGUUUUCUUCCACAAAAUCAAUUCGUACCAGUUCCGUAUGUACCGUCACCGUACGCGCAACUGAUUGAACCACCGCGUUUUUGUGCCAAAUGCGGUCGGGACGCCGUUCAGGAUGUCAUUGGUGCAGGCGAACAUCAGCCACGGCAGCAGAAGAAUCCAUUUAGUCAAGCGGAACGACGCAAUCCAUUCCAGCACAAUCCGUUCCAGAAAGGUCACGAAGAAAAACGGCGUGCGCCACCGAACACACCAGCUCGAGGCGAUGUGUGGAAGGAAGGCGAUGAGGGCUGUGGCGUAAAGAUUCGAAAACAAGAUGAUCAGCCUGACACACAAGAGGGUGCUUGGAAACCUGCACGAGGAUGUGGUCGAAAUCCAUUCAUGUCAGCAGCAAAUCAUAGCACAUAUCAGUUUAAAGGACGCGAACCCAGAGACUCUGAACAGCGUGAGAAAUUCCGUAAACCAGCGCCACAAUGUCCGCAAUGGGAAGAUCGUCAUCAUCGUGUGAAUAACAACUGUCCGCUCUGGCAUCCAUAUAAAAUGUGUCUAUUUUAUCCCAACUGUCGUUCGACCGCUCUCGACUGUGGUUAUGCGCAUCCGUUUUGUAGUGAAAAUGAAUGCGAUUGUACUGAAGAAAACAAGGAUCCGCAACUAAAUCACUGGACCGGCACGAUUCGAAGUCGUUCCUCUGUUCUUUUUCUUUCCCUCUUCGCUCGUGGGGAACAACGUUCCGAUUGUCGUCGUCGUCGUCGUCGCCGUUAUUGUCGUCGACGUUGCUGA